GGAGCAGUGAUGAGACAAUCCUUCGCCUUAAGCCGUCUUGCUUGUGACCGACGAUUCAUUCGAUUACUGGUCGCCACACUCCUACUGCUUGCGGGUGCGUCGGCGGCCCUCGGCGCGCCUUCGCGGGCGUUGAACGUCUUGCUGGUAGUGAUCGAUGACUUGCGGCCCGAGCUCCGCACUUACGGAGUCGAAGCUGUGAGUACGCCUCACCUCGACGCCUUCUCCCAGCGGGGACUCCAGUUCAACCGCGCUUACUGCCAAUACCCUGUAUGCAAUGCAAGUCGGUCUUCGUUCCUGACCGGUAAGCGCCCCGACGAACUCGGCGUCUAUAGCAACGAAGAACCGUUCCGACGCGUGCAUCCAGAGAUCGUCACCCUUCCGCAAGCGUUUCGAAAUGCGGGCUACUACACGGCCGGGCUCGGCAAACUCUUUCACCAGGGGUUAGACGCCGGGGGCGAACCGACACUGUUUCGCGACGCCCCUUCCUUCGAGCAUUCGUAUCGGGCGCUGGGAAGGAGCCCCUCGAUCGGCCUCCAGGGCGAGGGCAGGUUGAUGGGCGACGGCAGCAUCCCCUGGUGCCAAUGGGUGGCCGCCGAGGGCGGCGACGCGGCCCAGCCCGACGGGAUGCUCGCCGCAGAAGCGAUCCGCGUGCUCGAAGAAGUCCACGAACGCCCGUUCUUUCUGUCUGUCGGCUUCCACAAGCCCCACGACCCCUUCAUCGCCCCGCGAGAGUACUUUCAGGCCUACGCUGAUACCGACGUCACGCUGCCGGUUCGGCCCGACGAAAGCACGCCGCUAAACCGCCAUGCGCUACCGGGCAAAGAUGCGUUCGCUUCGUUCAACGACCGCGACCGUCGCGAGUUCAAGCGAGCCUACCAAGCCUGCGUGAGCUUCGUCGAUGCGCAGGUUGGGAAGCUUUUCAACUGCCUCGAUCGCUUAGAACUUUGGGACAACACGAUAGUCGUUGUAAUGGGCGACCAUGGCUACCAUCUGGGCGAGCACGGGUGGUGGAACAAGGUGACGGUGUUCGAACACGGCGCCCGGACUCCGUUCGUCGUCUGGCUUCCGGGCGCCGCAGCGAUGGGGAACGACAGCGACGCCAUCGUGGAGCUUCUCGAUCUCUACCCCACUUUGACGGAUUGUUGCGGCCUUGAGCCGCCGCAUCGGCUCUCCGGUAAAAGCCUGCGGCCAAUCCUCGAAGGCCGUGCGGAAGGAGCGGCGCCUUACGUCGCCUACACCCAAGUCGUUCGAGGGGGAGUGGGCAUGGGGUACAGCGUAAGGACCGACCGUUUCCGAUUCACCCAGUGGGGCCGCAACGGCGAGGGCGGCGUCGAACUCUACGAACACCCCGUCGAUCACGACGAGUAUUUCAACCUCGCGGCCCGACCGUCAUCCGCGGCGCACGUCGCGGAGCUCUCCGAACUCUUGCAGGCCGGCAACGCUAUCGUGGCGGACUCGCGAAGGCAAUCGACGGCCGGGCCGUUCGCUCUGGUGACGCUUCUUUUUUUCUUCUGGGGCUUUAUCACCGUCAUGAAUGACGUGUUGCUCCCCUAUUUGAAGCAGAGCUUUGUGCUGUCGUACCUGCAGGCUGCGCUAAUCCAGUUCGCCUUCUUCAGCGCUUUUUUUGUUGUCUCGCUCAUCUACUACCUCUUGUCGUCUCGAGUGGCGGACCCCAUCCAGCACUUCGGCUAUAAGCGGCUGAUCAUGGUCGCGUUGAUCGUUUGCGCUCUGGGAUGCGCGCUGUUCUGGCCCGCUUCGGUGACGACGUCGUAUCCAUUCUUCCUCGGCGCGCUUUUUUUGCUGGCGACUGGGGUGACACUGCUGCAGAUCUCGGCAAAUCCAUACGCGGCUGUGCUCGGGUCGCUGCAAUCCGUUCACACUCCCUACCUGAUCUAUGCAGGGAUGUUUUUGGCGCUGGCCGCCGUGGUGUCCGCGUGCAAGCUGCCGGUCAUCAUCAAUCGCCGCGAAGCCGAGGCGGCUGAGGCCGAGGGCGCAUUGGGGUAUCCUCAGCUUCGGCUGGGAAUGGCGGCGAUUUUUCUCUACGUCGGCGCCGAGGUGGCGAUCGGGAGUUAUCUCGUCAACUUUAUCGCCGACCCUGCGAUCACGGGCUGGCAAGAGGCAGACGCCAGCGUGUACCUCGCUUAUUACUGGGGGGGAGCCAUGAUCGGCCGGCUUUGCGGCGCGGUAGCCCUCAAUCGUGGGCCAAGCCCCUUUAGCAAAGCGGUCGCGAUGGUCCUCAUCGCCGGCGCCCUGGUGGGGCUCGUGUACUUGAUGACCGGUCUGCGAUUCGACGAGGGAAGGUUAUCGCUGAAGCUCGCGUCGCUGGAGUCGAUUGCCCCUUUCCCGUGCCUUGUCGCCUUUUGCCUGUUCGUCUUCGCCUUGGGCAGGGGGUGCCCCGCAAAAACGCUCAUCUAUUUCUCUGGCUGCUUGGUCGCACUGCUGGUGACUGCCGCGACUGCGGGGGGCUCGGUGGCCAUGUGGGCCGCGUUGGGGGCCGGCCUCUUUAAUUCGAUUAUGUGGUCCAACAUCUUCACCCUCUCUAUCGAUGGACUCAACGAACAAACGCCCCAAGGUUCCUCCUUGUUGGUGAUGAUGAUCGUCGGCGGCGCCAUCUUCCCCCUCUUCAUGGGUGCUGUGGCGGACUAUGCCGGAGGGGGUCGCGUGAACAACUCCAGUUCGACUGCCGCCGAACCGACGCGUCACUCGAGUGCCGUGGACCGGCGCGUCGUCUUGACGCUCGAUGCCGGGGGAACCAACUUCGCCUUCUCCGCCCUUCAAGGAGGAGAACCGAUCGGUGACUCCUGCGUACUUCCAUCGUGCGGCGACGAUCUCGACGCCAGUCUCGACAAUUUGGUCGCUGGCUUCGAUCGCAUCAUCUCGGCUUUGGAAGUCGAUCCCGUUGCCAUCAGCUUUGCGUUCCCCGGUCCGGCCGAUUACCUCAGUGGCGUUGUCUUCAAUGUCGGCAACCUGCCCGCGUACCGCGAUGGAGUCGCUAUCGGUCCUUUUUUGCAAGAGCGCUUUGGCGUUCCGACGUUCGUCAACAACGACGGCGACUUAUUCGCGCUCGGCGAAGCGACGGCCGGUCUCCUCCCAUGGGUGAACGGCCGCCUUGAAGCCGCCGGCUCCGACCGCCGCUGCCACAACCUCUUCGCCGUCACGUUGGGGACCGGUUUGGGCGGCGGCGCCGUCCUGAACGGUCGAUUGUUAGUUGGCGACAACGCGUCUGCCGCAGAGAUUUGGCGAUUGCCCAACCGGCUGGAUGCGACACUCCUCGCCGAGGAAGGGGCGAGCAUCCGUGCGGUGCAGCGUGCGUAUGCGGAAGCCUCGAUGACGAGUUCAGCGGACGCCCCGACGCCGGCCGUUAUUGCGGCUAUCGCGAAAGGUUCGCAUCCCGGCGACGAGCGGGCCGCCCUGAGCGCCUUUGAAUCGCUUGGGCAAGCCGUCGGUGACGCCAUCGCAACUGCUACGUGCUUCUUCGAUGGUCUCGUUGUGAUCGGUGGCGGACUGUCGGGCAGCGCCGCUUUAUUCAUGCCCUCCUUGCGAGACGCUCUUGCGAGCCCCUUAAGGACCCGAGCCGGUGCGUCGCUGCCACGCGUCGCGCAUGAAGUCAUCGACCUCAGCACGGACGAAGGCAUGGCGUCCUUCCUCAGACCGUCCUUUCGCUCCGUCACGGUUCCGCGCUCGUCGCAGACGGUCCGAUGUCACCCCCAACCGCGGCUGGGCAUAGGAGUGUCCCGACUAGGCACCAACGAAGCCACAGCCGUCGGCGCCUACGCCUUCGCGAUUCAGCAACUCGAUAACGGUUAA